AUGUCUAACCUCAAAUCCGCAAUGCCAUCAGGCCUGCCAUCAGGGUUACCCCCAGGCCUAACAGAUAUCAACCUCGGUCCAUCCCCAUUCACAUCUUCCUUCUCUGGUGAUUUCCUAGGCCUCCCAAUACCAGACGACGAUCAACUCUGGGGUCUAAGCCCCGUCUCACCAAUGGCGGGCUGGGACAAAGACUCGGGAUAUGCCCAUUCCGCACUCGAACGAGACCUCAAAAACGCCCAAGUCCGAAAUGGCCAACCAACUCCACCCCCAUACGACGAUGGCCGUGAACAUUUCUCUCUAGACAUGAUGGAAAGCGCGAGCAAACGAAGGCGCGUGCGCGAAUACAAAGCCGCCGCCGCUAGCCUCAGCCCGGACCUUGACGAUGCCCCGCACGAACGCGCCAAGCGGGCUAAAUUCCUAGAGCGAAAUCGUCUUGCCGCCAGCAAGUGUCGUCAGAAAAAGAAAGAACAUACUCAGCUGCUGGAAUUCAAUUUCAAAGAACAGUCGGAGAAAAAGGAACAGCUCGUUGCGGAAAUUGCACGUCUGCGCUCUGAGAUUCUCGGGUUGAAAAAUGAGGUCCUCAAACAUGCUCAGUGUGGCGAUGAACCUAUUAAACUUCAUCUCGCGCAAAUGGUAAAGAAAAUCACCGAUAAAGAUGGGGCUCCGUCUAGUGGAUUGGAAUCGCCCGUCAGAAUCCACGAUCAUCCCUCCGUCUCCCCGCUCGAACCAACCCCAGCUCCUCCCGUGACAACUUCCGUGCCUGUGUCUGCGCCCGCACCGACGGCGAUGUCAUUCGGUUUUGACGAUCCGCUGCAACUUGAGCCGGCUACUGCGGCAGCAGCCGAAGCAUUUGAACAGCAGAUGCGACGCGAGUCGGAGGUUUCGCUCGUUUCUGAGGGGUCUUAUUCGUUUUCGGCGGAGGAUACCUCCUUUGAUGAUUUGAUCAAUGUAUAA